GGAAGGUUUUUUUCAGCGCUCGGCAGGCGGGAAGUUGAGACCGGUUCAGAGCCGGCUUUGGCAGCGCGGGCUCCGAGGAGCGGAGGGGAAGCCAGGAACAUGAUGACCAUGGAGGAGAGCCCUCUCUGUGUUGAUUGGUUCACAGACUAUCCGGAUGCGGUUUUAAAAGUGGGAAAAGUGACUUUUGGUGAGAAAUCCAGAAAGAAGAUGACAGAUUGCAAUUUGAGAAGGAAACAAGUUGGUAACAUUUCCCGAGCAGCAUGUGCAUUGCUGAAUUCAGGAGGAGGAGUGAUAAAGGCAGAGGUUGAUAAUAAGGACUACAAUUAUGAAGAACAUGGGAUUGGACAGGAUAUAGAAAAAGCCCUUACAGAACUUACUCCAUCUAAAAUGUCUCGAAAAUACUUUGAUUUUGAAUAUACACAGGAAAACAACUGUGUGUUAAUUUUUGUGAAAUCAUGGAGCAGUGAUGGUUCAUCUUCACCCCGUAUUUGCAGCCUAAGGACAGGCUUGUGCCAAAGAUCUCUGACUCGAACUGACAGCAUGAAUCCUACUGAAGCAGUGCAAUUUCUCAAAGAGAAGGAAGAUUCUGCCAGGAGAAAACAUGGUGAGGUGACAGGACCAAGAGCUAAGAAAGCUCUGCUAAGUGACGUUCGGCAGGAAAAAAACCUGUAUAUGUCUGCUGAAAGAUUUUAUCAAAGAGACGGUCUCUGCUUUGGGGAAAAACUAAAUUUCACGGAGUCAAUGCAUGUUGAAUUUAAGAAUUUUGCAACAAAGAACAUUUUGAAAUACAUCAAAGAGAUCCUGCCAAAUUACAUCUCUGCCUUUGCAAACACACAAGGAGGAUUUUUAUUUAUUGGAGUGGAUGAUAAUGGGACAGUUGUUGGAUGUAGGAAUGACAAUGUAAAUAUCAGUGAAUUAAAAGAAGUAAUAGAACAUGUUAAGGGGAAAUUACCCAUUUCACACUUCUGCAGUUCUCUGCCUGGAGUGAACUUAGAAUGGAAAAUGAUGGAGGUGUAUGACAAAGAUCAAAACUUGUAUGGUUAUGUCUGUGCUGUGAGAAUCCGGCCUUUUUGUUGUGUUGUGUUUUCGGAGACUCCGGACUCAUGGACUGUGAAGGGCAAUGAGAUCAUGAGGAUGACAGCCAACGAAUGGACAGCCUUGAUGAUGGCAACUGACCCAGAGAUUUCAAAUUUGUGUGCAGCUUUCAGGGCUGAGCUGAGAGUGUUAUGUGCACCCCCACUUACCAAAACAGUGUUUUCCAACAAAGGCCUCGCUUGUCUGCGUGAUCUGCAAGAAUCUCUAUUUCCAGCAAAUGGUAAUGGGAUAACAUACAAACCAGACAACCUCAGCAAAGAGCUGUUCUCAGAGUAUCCAGGGCUGGAGGAUUUAAUGAACGAGCAAAUGGAAGAGCUGCAAUAUUCUCAGGGACUACUGAUAUUUGCAAGAAGCUGGGCUGUUGCUGUUGGAUUGCCAGAGAAUCAGCAUGUUGUCUGUGAUGCUCUCUUAAUAGCCGCAGGCAAAUACCCAAUGCUGUACACCGUCACGGAGGAUUGUUCUGUGGUUGGGUUUGGAUAUUCAAAACUUAUUGCUCGUACGUUAAAGAAGAAACUGGUAAAUGAUGGGGGAUACACUCAGAAAGUGUGUGUGAUUCCCCAUCUCCUACAGCUUGGAACCAACAGAGAGCUAAAUAAUGACUCACAUGUACAAGUCAAGUAUCCCCUUUCCUAUGUCCUCUUGCCCAAUGACAUCUCAGACUUACUUCACUCACUUGUGAUAAUCUUGUUGAGUUUUAGAUCCUUCUUAAGUGACAUGCUUUGCUGUGAAUUUUUUAACCUUCUCACCGUUAAACAGUAUGAGAUACUAACAAUGAAUCUUCACAAAUUCAAGAAGCUGUUUAUCUAUGGCCUGCCAGGAACAGGGAAGACAAUUGUGGCCCUGAAUAUCAUAGAGAGGAUAAAGAACGUGUUCCACUGCGAAUCUGAUGAGAUUCUGUACAUUUGUGAGAACCAGCCUCUGACCGCAAUUGUGAAAAGGAGAAACAUUUGCCGGCCAGUAACCCGAGUUGCUUUCUUAAAGGGGAAUUAUCAAUCAGUGAAGCACAUAGUAAUUGAUGAGGCCCAGAAUUUCCGGUCAGAGGAUGGCGAUUGGUACAGCAAAGCUCAGUGCAUCACCCAAGGACAUGGUCAUUGUGAACCUGGUGUUCUCUGGAUCUUCUUGGACUAUUUACAAACAAGUCACCCAUUUCCGUGCGGUCUUCCACAUCCAUCAGAACAAUAUCCUCAGGAGUGGCUAACUAUAGGGGUCCGGAAUGCCACCCAGAUAUACAAUACCAUGGUACAAGAGAUGCAAAAUAUUGUAGACUAUCCACAAAUUGAUAUUCCUUUUAAGCGGUUAAGAAUGCUGCUCAAUGAAGCUGUAUGUGGCCAUCCCCUGCCAGGUGUUUGUAGGGUAGAAGAAAACUUGGAGGAGGAGGAAAUAGCGACAUAUGUGGUUGAUACCUGUUGCCAAUAUUUCCGAAGUGGUUACUCUGGGAAAGACAUUGCUAUCCUGUGCAACACAAUGAAAGAGAAGGAUAGGUAUCAGUGCAUAUUACAACCCAAAAUGAGAGUGAUGAUGAGACAUUUCAGACUGGAUGCAUGUUUCACAACGGCAGACAAUGUGCUGGAUCAUGGCAUUGUUCUCGAUAGCAUCCGCCGCUUUUCUGGCCUGGAAAGAAACAUUGUGUUUGGGAUCAACCCAGUCCCUGUCCCUACACAGAAUGAGAUUUCUGAAAAUCUUAAACUCUGUGUGGCAUCCAGAGCUAAUUUACAACUUCAUUUGCUGUAUGAAAGAUAAUGCUUGAAAAUGUCAUGGUGGUUCCCUCGGGAUCUGUUUAAUAACCCGUGAUAGUCAUGUCGCUUUUGUUGUUUUUCACCCACAAUUCAGACGUAAAUACAAAUCUCACCAUGGGUGAAAUUUUACCUUAGAGGGCUCCCGUCUCCCAGGCUAAUAAACUACAUGAGACCUGGUUAGGCCUGGGGGUCUUAAAAUUCAUAAAACUUUACUUAUGAAGUUAUAUUAAUAAAGUGAACAAUUAUAAACAAUUUCAUUUAUUAGUUCUACAGAGGUGGUUUGGUAGGUGUACUCAGAGGCUGCUUACUGCAUUGGGUCCCAUUCAAAACUGGCUGGAGAAGGAGAUGGUGGUGAUGCCCACCUCAGAACUUUCAGUCCAGGGGUUCGAGCACUCCCCUUGGACAUGGCAGGCCUAGGUUCAGUUCCCUCCUCUCUGCCAGAGGGGUCUCACACCUCUGAGGAGGGUGCUGUAACCCCUGAACUAGGGGGCACAUUCUGAUGUGUGGUUCCCUCAGUCUCUCCUGAGGAAGCUGUGGAUAAAUAAUAGUGAUUAGAGCAGGCAGAUAGACCCAGGGUCUCCAAGGCCUCAGGUGAAUGCUCUAACCACUGGGCCAGAAGUUAUAAAGUGGGCACCACCUCCUGCGGCUUUUUUUGUGGUGUGAGACAAGCACCAAACCUGUUCCUGCGGAGAGCCACCUUACGUGUCUGAGCCGCUUGUCUUCGAGGACAGCGGUUGCCAUUUGUGAAUCGCCAGCAAAGAUAAGGGCUUCCCUGCAGCCUGGACUUCGGGGCCUCACUCUGAGAAAAGGGUGGGCUUGUUGGUAUCUCCCAUUGCCCCACCUAGCGUGCUGCCUUUUGUGGAUCGCUGUCUAAGGCGCCUGUCUCUUCCCAUUCAUUGUACAGGGAGCCUAGGCGCUUAUCUUUGUGGAUCGCAGUGUUGUUCUUACGACUUUCUAGUGCCUAAGUUAGAUGUUGCCACAGUGGGCAUCACAGUGCUUAAGUCCCCAUGUAGAUCCCAGCUAGAGUGACUAAAUCAUUGGCGUUACAUUCUCACCAACUUUGGACAUCAGGCCCAGAAUGUCUGAAGUUAGAUACCAGGAUAGACGGGCCUAAACCAAAAUGAUUGGACUUACCAAUUUUAAUCACUACUUAAAUCAACAAGUAGGAAACCUUGAUUUUAAUCUUCUCUUAUGUUUAUAUUUACAUAAUUUUUCCUAGAGAAAGGUUAUUUCUUAUUGGUUGGUAUAACCAUUAAACCAUGUUCAUUUGCAACCAAAAAUAGCCUUCACGCUUUGAUCCUUUUUUUGCUAAUGCUGUAGCUUUAAAUGCUAAUUUAAACAAUUCUAGAUCUUUAAAAAGAGUAAAAAUUAAGAAUCUGAAUACAUUUAUGGCAUGUUAGAGAAUGGAGAUAAUUUUUGAUUGUGAUUUGUGUCAAUCUGCAUUUGGAUGGAAAUUGGAAUUCUAUUAAAAAUGUACAAAACCGGCUCUUUAAAGUUGUUUAUUA